AUGUCUGAGUCUCUGUUGUUCCGAGUAGGAUCAGAUGAGCCCGGAGAGCAAAUAAGCAUUAGUUGUUCCCAAGUGGAGCUGCUCACAAGUUUUGAGAAGGCUAAAUUGAAUUCGUUUCGACUUAAUCGUAAACUCAGCCGACCGGAGGUGAUCGGUGUUGGUAAGCCUGGACGAAAGAGCGUAGAGGAGCUUCGCCUCGAACUUCUGACAAAGUCACAACCUCAGUUUCCACCUUCGACAGCAGCAGGGAACAAAACACAUGCGAAUGAAUCCUCGAAUUCGAAGAAUAAGAAAUCCAAGACGAAAAAUUCUCACUCCGAUACUCACUCAUCUACUCUUUCACCUGGAUAUGCCUACGCACAUCUUGCAAAGUCUUGUCAACAUUGCGGAUGCAGACGUGUGCGUGUCGUGAAUCCUGGACGCUUGGACGGUCGAAAGAUAAUGGAGUGUACAAACAAAGAUUGCCUUGCCACCAUCAAGUUUGCGAAUCUUCCGGAAGGAACUUUGAUCAAUCCGGGCGGAAGAACGGAGGAGUUCAGUUGGUAUGAUUUGGAUCCUGAAGAGAUUUUCUACCCCUCAGCUUCCACAUUAAAACGUUUGGAAGAAAGCCUCAAAUCUGACAUCAAGAAACCGUUUGUUCCACAAGUUCGGUACGGCGAACACGGCAGCAUUGUGAUACGUUGUCCUGGGCAAAAAGAUUUUGCGGUUCAACAAAUGGACGUGCAACAAGGAAUCCCAGAAGCUAGCAUUUCAAAUGGAGCUUUUCCAGACAUGCCUCAAAAGAAAUUCUACAGGCAGCGAGCCCACUCAAAUCCCCACUCUGAUCACGAUAUUGAGUACCCACGAACGCCUGAAGAUAUGGACUGGAAGAAGUUGUAUGGAGACUUCGCCGGAGGCAGGCAAGUCGAGUUUGCUGAUGUAGGAUGCGGUUAUGGAGGCCUUUUAAUGAAGCUCUCUCCCAUGUUUCCAGAAGUCUUGAUGGUUGGGCUCGAAAUACGUGUGAAGGUUUCAGAUUUCGUCCAAGAGAAGAUUAAGGCUCUUCGUUUGCGGUCUUCGGAUCCAAGAGGUUUCCGCAAUGUGGCAUGUCUAAGAUCGAAUGCGAUGAAAUACUUGCCAAAUUACUUCCACAAGCAUCAACUGUCAAAGAUGUUCUUCCUUUUUCCUGAUCCACAUUUCAAGAACAAAAAACACAAGUGGCGAAUAAUUACACCAGGACUGCUAGCUGAAUAUGCCUACGUUCUUAGGCCCGGUGGAUUAGUGUACACAAUCACUGACGUUGAAGAGUUACACGAAUGGAUGGCAUGUCAUCUUUCUCGACAUCCACUUUUCGUGCGCCUAACAAAGGAGGAGGAGGCGGCUGAUCCCGUUGUUCCAUUGCUGUUUGAGAGCACUGAAGAAGGGCAGAAGGUAACACGAAAUGAAGCACAGGAGAGCAUGGGAGAAGAGGAAUAUGAGAGCUUGCCUACUCAUAAUGUUAAGGUUCAUCUGGCCGCCGGUGCAUUGGCUGGUGCCAUAGAACACUGCGUUAUGUUUCCAUUCGACAGUGUGAAGACGAGAAUGCAAAGCCUGUGUCCUUGUCCUGAAACUAAGUGUCCCACUCCUAUGCAUUCGUUAUGGAGCAUUGUCCGAAGAGAAGGCUGGCUGCGACCAUUGCGUGGUGUGAAUGCAGUCGCCGCCGGUUCCAUGCCUGCGCACGCCUUAUAUUUCACUGUGUACGAAAAGAGCAAGGGAUUUCUUACUGGGAAUACUGCUGGUCACGCGAAUACGGCAGCUUACGGCGCUUCUGGAGUCCUGGCGACACUUGUUCACGACGCGGUGAUGAACCCAGCAGAGGUGGUCAAACAACGCAUGCAAAUGCAGUUUUCACCUUAUGGUUCAUCACUGGAAUGUGUGCGAUGUAUAUAUCAACGUGAAGGAAUGGCAGCAUUUUAUCGGUCUUACACCACGCAGAUCGCUAUGGGUAUCCCGUUCCAGUCGAUCCAUUUUAUGACCUACGAGUUUUGGCAACAUGUCCUUAAUCCUGGACACAAAUACGAUCCCCAGUCACAUUUGAUAGCAGGAGGAAUGGCAGGCGGACUUGCGGCUGCCGUCACUACACCACUGGACUGCGUAAAAACUGUACUGAAUACACAACAAACUCCUGAUGUUUGUCAGAAAGGCAGCAUCCUAUUUAAGUCUACUGGUGGCUAUCGGGGUAUCAUGGAUGCGGUACGAAUAAUUUACCAACAGAGAGGUUUUGGUGGUUUCACAUGCGGCAUGCAGGCACGAGUGAUCUUCCAGGUUCCUGCUACUGCCUUAUCGUGGUCCGUAUACGAACUUUUCAAGUAUGUUCUAGGGUUUUAUUCGACGGCAUCGGUAUAA